UCUUUCCUUGUAGUGGAUCAAUAACUGCAUAGGAAGAAAAAAUUACAAAAGGUUCUUCAUCCUCAUGGUGUUUGCUCUUCUCUUGCUUAUUCUGCAGUGGGCUGUUGGGAUGCUUGUGCUGAUACUGUGUUUUGUUGAGAGAAGGAGAUUUUCUGCUGAAAUUGUUUCAAAGCUGGGUAGUAGCUUUUCCUUGGCACCCUUUAUCAUUGUGGUGGCUGUGUGCACUUUAUUAGCCAUGGUUGCUACUCUUCCAGUUGCACAACUUUUCUUCUUCCAUAUUCUUUUAAUAAAAAAGGGAAUCAGCACCUAUGAUUACAUUAUUGCUUUGAGGAAGCAAGAUCAGGAGCAGGAGCAACUUGCUGUUGGUGGGCAGCAAAGUCCGCAAAUGUCCCAAGUGAGCUCUUUUACUGGACUAAGCAGCACCAGUUCUUUCAAUCAAUUCCAUCGCGGUGCAUGGUGUACUCCGCCAAGAUUAUUCCUUGAGGAUCAGGUAUCAUACUUUCAUUAUUUAGAAAGUUAUUGUGAAUAUGAUUUGUUUCUUGUGAACCUAUUUUGA